AUGCAGGUGGUAUCUGGAGAAGAAUCAGGCCAGGAAUCUGGAUCUGAGUCAGAGAAGAACUCUGGUUCAGGUUCUGAUAAUGAGUCAAAGAGCAGUGCAUCAUCCAAGUCUGUCUCCAGAUCAGGUUCAGGUUCAGCCUCAGGUUCUGAGAGUUCUUCAGGCUCAUCCAAAUCUGGAUCUGGUAGUGGUAGUGUAUCGGACUCAGACAGAUCGUCUCAAGAGAAGAGUAGUGAACCUAGCCCCACUAAGAGUAGUCCUGGCAAGUCUCGCCAGUCUGCCUCUGAUCUUAAGCAGGUAAAGAAGAAUGAAUCUUCAGCAACAAAACAGAAAACAGAGUGUUGGGAGGACAACCCAGAUGUUUAUGGGAUUCGACGUUCAGGUCGCUCGAGAAAAGAACCUGACAGAUUAAAUGCAGCUGAGAGUGACUCCAGUGAAAGAGGAAAAAGGAAAGUUAUUAUAAAGAAAUCUUCAAAAAGGUCAGACACCUGGAAUUCAGAUACAUCAAAUUCUGACUCUGAAGAAGAAAUUGAGAGACCGCUUCCAAGUAAACCACCUUCAAGGAAGAAUACACCAUCGAAGCCCAGACAUAAAGUUGAAAUCAAGAAGGUAUCACGUCGGAAAUACAGUGAAUCAUCAGAUGAAUCUAGCUUCAACAGUGAUGAUGACAAUGAAAGUCGGAGGCAUGCAAAUCGUCGUACUGCAGCUGCAGUGAGUUACAAAGAAGAUAGUGAUGAAGAAAAAACAGGCUCAGAAGACCUUGUGGAAGUGGAAUGGAAUGAGACAGAGACUCCAGCAGAACCAGAUAAUGCAGAGACCAUUGAGAAAAUACUUUCAUAUCGACGUGGGAAGAAGGGAGUGACUGGCAAUACUACAACUAUUUAUGCUGUGGAGGAAAAUGGUGACCCAAACAAGGAUUGUGAUCCAGAAGAUCUUGAAAAGACAGAAGUGCAUUACCUCAUAAAAUGGAAAGGAUGGUCCCACAUACAUAACACAUGGGAAUCUGAACAGUCUCUGAAAGGCCAAAAAGUGAAGGGUCUCAAAAAGCUUGAAAACUUUGUGAAGCGUGAGGAAGAGCUAGCAGCGUGGAAGCAGCAUGCAUCACCAGAAGACAUUGAAUACUUUGAAUGUCAGCUGGAGUUGCAAAAUGAAUUGCUUAAGAGUUAUAAUAAUGUAGAAAGGAUUAUAGCUGAAUUUGUUAAACCAGAGGGUGCACAUCCUGAUUAUUACAUCAAGUGGGAGAGUUUACCCUAUGCAGAAGCCACUUGGGAAGAUGGUUCCAUUAUUGAAAAGAAGUGGCCAAAAAAAAUAAAAGAGUUUCAGGACAGAGAAGAAUCUAAGCAAACACCCUCAAAACACUGCCGUGUUUUGAAACAUAGGCCAAAGUUUGUUCAAGUAAAAAGCCAACCAGAAUAUAUGGGUGGAGAUCAGGUUCUAGUAUUGCGAGAUUAUCAGCUGGAUGGUCUUAAUUGGCUCAUACAUUCUUGGUGUAAAGAAAAUUCUGCAAUUCUUGCUGAUGAAAUGGGUCUGGGAAAGACUAUACAGGCAAUAUGUUUGCUGUACUACUUAUUUCAUCACCAUCAGUUAUAUGGUCCAUUCCUUGUUGUGGUACCCCUGUCCACAAUGACUUCUUGGCAACGCGAGUUUUCUCAGUGGGCACCAGAAAUGAACAUAGUCACAUAUCUUGGAGAUAUUAACUCACGGAACAUUAUUCGACAGUUUGAAUGGUGCUACAGUGGUUCAAAAAGACUCAAGUUUAAUGCAAUUCUCACUACCUAUGAGAUUGUAUUAAAAGACAAAGCACUUCUGGGUAGUCUGAGUUGGGCUGCACUGCUAGUGGAUGAGGCUCAUCGCCUGAAGAAUGAUGACUCUCUCUUGUACAAGGCAUUAAUGGAGUUUAAUACAAACCAUCGUUUACUUAUUACUGGAACACCUUUACAAAACAGUCUGAAGGAAUUAUGGAGUCUACUGCAUUUCAUUAUGCCUAACAAAUUUGCUUCAUGGGAAGAAUUUGAGAAAGAACAUGAAAAUGCAGCGCAGAAAGGGUAUUCCAAGUUGCACAGGCAGCUUGAGCCAUUCAUCAUACGCAGAGUUAAGAAAGAUGUGGAGAAAUCGUUGCCUGCCAAGGUUGAACAGAUACUGCGUGUAGAGAUGACAUCACUUCAGAAGCAAUACUACAAAUGGAUUCUUACAAAAAAUUACAAUGCAUUGAGGAAAGGCGUGAAAGGUUCAUCAACAACUUUCCUUAAUAUUGUGAUUGAAUUGAAGAAGUGCUGCAAUCAUGCUUUUCUGACAAAGCCUGUGGAUUAUGAACAAAGGCCAUCUCCUGAAGAACAUAUUCAGCAGCUGAUAAGAGGGUCUGGAAAAUUGGUAUUGCUUGAUAAACUGCUAGUUCGGUUGCGUGAGACUGGUCACCGAGUGCUUAUAUUCUCUCAGAUGGUUAGGAUGUUGGACAUACUGGGUGAAUACUUACAGCUGCGACACUUUCCUUUUCAACGAUUAGAUGGAAGUAUUAAAGGUGAACUCCGGAAGCAGGCAUUGGACCAUUUCAAUGCUGAAGGUUCUCAGGACUUCUGUUUCUUGUUGUCAACAAGAGCUGGAGGUUUGGGUAUCAACUUAGCUACUGCAGACACUGUAAUCAUCUUUGAUUCUGACUGGAACCCACAGAACGAUUUGCAAGCUCAGGCUCGAGCACAUAGAAUUGGACAAAAGAAUCAGGUGAACAUUUAUCGGCUGGUAACACGCAGUUCAGUGGAAGAAGAGAUUGUAGAACGGGCAAAGCAAAAGAUGGUACUAGAUCACUUAGUGAUCCAGCGUAUGGACACAACAGGCAGGACUGUAUUGGACAAAAAGGGCUCUACUAGUACAACACCAUUCAAUAAAGAAGACUUGACUGCUAUCCUGAAAUUUGGAGCUGAAGAAUUGUUCAAAGAUGAAGAGGAUGGCGAUGAAGAACCAACGUGUGAUAUUGAUGAGAUCUUGCGGCGAGCAGAGACUCGUGAUGAAGCUCCUGCCACAGUUGGUGAUGAGCUUCUUUCAGCAUUUAAAGUGGCAAGUUUUGCAGCUUUUGAAGAAGACAAAGAGGUUCCUAGUACAGAGCAGGAACCAGAUGAUGAGAGUAAAGACUGGGAUGAGAUAAUUCCGGAAAACUUUCGCAAGAAGGUCGAAGAAGAAGAACGUCAAAAGGAAAUGGAUGACUUAUACUUACCACCACGGAGUCGUAAAACAUUACAACAAAUCAACGAAUCUGAUAGUGAUGGUGAAGGAGGUAGUCGAGGAACAAAACGGCGGAAGAAAACUGAAGAAUCAGAAUCCAGUGAGGAAGGGAGUGAUGAAGAGAGACCAAGGAAGAGGGGACGACCCCGUGUCACUCCUCGUGAGAAUAUUAAGGGAUUCACUGAUCAGGAAAUACGCCGGUUUGUGAAGAGUUUCAAGAGAUUCCCUGCCCCAUUAAAACGUUUGGAAGCAGUAGCAUGUGAUGCAGAGCUGCAGGAAAAACCACUGGCAGAACUUCGCCGGUUGGGUGAACUGUUACGAGAGCGAUGCACAAAUUCCAUGACAGAAUUGCAAGCACAAAAGGAAAAUGAGUCCACACUUAAUGAGGACAGUAAUCUUUCAGUCCCUGCUCAGAAACGACGUGGACGUGGACCAUCCUUCAAGCUAGGUGGAGUAUCAGUGAAUGCAAAGAGUGUGAUGGCAGCUGAGAAAGAGUUGGAAGUACUUGAUGAGACCUUACCAAGUGAUCCUGCUGAGAGGCGGAAGUGGAUUCUUGAUGCAAGGGUGAAGCCAGCCAAUUUUGAUGUGCCUUGGGACAUAGAGGAUGAUUCUAAAAUAUUACAAGGCAUAUAUCAGUAUGGAAUAGGUUCAUGGGAAGCAAUAAAAAUGGAUCCAUCACUUGGCAUUAGUGAUAAAAUUCUUGCCAAUGAAGAUAAAAAACCUCAAGCGAAACAUCUUCAGACAAGGGCUGAGUACCUGCUCAAAGUGCUGCGUAAACAUUUGGAUAAUAAAAGCGGCGUGGCAAAACCAAAGCGUCAGCGUAAGACACGUGAGGCUAAGGCAGUUCUAACAAAAGAGAUCAUUGAAGAUGACUUAACAUCAGGAGAUGAAAACACCAGCAAUACUGUAGCUUCUAGCAGCACUCUGGCUCCUCCAAAGCGACCACCCAAAGGAAAACCUGAGAAAGUCAAAAUCAAGUCUGAAGGAGAUGCAGAAGAACCAAAGAGUGAUACCCCUGAAGACAAGGAUAAGGAAGAGACUGUAAACAAAGAAGAACAUCGCAAAGAGAAGAAAAAGUUCAAAAAAGAGAAAAAGGAAUCAAGAAAAAAGAAAAAACCAACUGGACCCAUGCAUUUCACAGCCAACAGUGAGCCUCGAGCACUUGAAAUCAUUGGAGACUUGGAACCAUCUGUGUUUAAUGAAUGCAAGGAGAAGAUGCGUCCAGUGAAGAAAGCUUUGAAAGCCUUGGACAAUCCUGAUCAAUCUCUCGCAGAGCAAGAACAAGUCAAUCAUACAAGGCAGUGUUUGCUGCAAAUUGGUGACCAGAUUAACAGAUGUCUGUCUGAAUACAAGGAUCCUGACAAAGUGAAAGAGUGGAGAAGUAACCUGUGGUAUUUUGUGUCUAAAUUCACUGAAUUUGAUGCCAAAAAAUUGUUCAAAUUGUACAAACAUGCUGUAAAGAAGGAUCAGGAUAAGAAAGGACCAGAGAAGAAGAUAAAAGUAGAAAAGGGGGAUAAAGAAGAAGUGAAAACAAGUGAGUCAAAAGAGGAUAACCGUAAUCGAACUCAAGGCAAGCGGCAUAUUGAUGAAGAGAAGGAUCCUGAAAAGGAUACAUAUGUGACACCUGUUAAAAGGCCAUAUGUGCAGUCAGAUGUAAGUCGAAGUCGUGAUAAGGAAGAACGUGGCCGUGACAAGGAGCGAAGUAAAAAAUCAAGUAGUGAUCCUAGAAGUGAUCGCUCAUCCCGAGAACAUGAUCGUAAUAAAGACAGUGGACGUAUUCAUAAAGACAGUGGAGGUAGCUUACCUCUGACCCCAACCCAUCAGCGAAUGAGAGAUGGUAAUGGACCAACAACUCCUUUACGUAAUGUUGGGCAGACUGCUGCUACUUCUUACAUUGCAAGGCAUGAGUUUCUUCCAGGAGGAGAUGGAAGGACCACAGCUAGCCCACAUGGACGGCACAGUGGAUCAAACAUAAGUGAUGGAGGUGGUGACCGUUGGUCCAGUGGACAACCCAGAGAAAGGUUUAAUGUUGACCACAAGAGAGAUAGAUUUGAUAAUUAUCAGCGCCAACCAGGUCCUGGUUCAGGGUCUGGUUAUCAUCGAGACAGAGACAGAAAUCAUCGCAUGCUAGAUAAAAGAAGAUUUCAUCAAGGUCCAACAAAUUAUGGUCAUUAUGGACCACCGUUUGGGCCAGCUCCUGUUUACCCUCCAGGCGAAAUAACACCUCAUUUUCCACGAGAGAGGUUUCCAGUACCACCACUGGGUGUUGGUGGUCCUCCUGGUGGCCCAGGAAGUGGAUUUCCUGAUUGGCGGGGGAAUAAGGAGAGGGACUAUCGUAGAGAUUAUGACAGGAGGCCACCUCCCACAAAUUCGUAGUAGUGCUUCAAGUUGUGCGAAUGCAGCCGAGUGUAGUGUUUGGUGAAUCAUUUGUCCACUGUACAUAAUAAUGCAGCUUGUGGACAUAAUCAUGUGUACAGUUACUGAUAACUGAUGUAAGAUAUUGUGUGAAAUGAGCUUCCUAGAAGUAUUUGCAAUGAACAAUAUUGUAUAAAGGUGUUGGUUUACAAACUAUAUACAUGUUGUUCCUGGCCGGAAUUAAGAAAGAAUCAUAAGGAUUAUUUGACAUUUGAGAAAGGCUGUACGAGUGUAGUAUGUAUUGUGCUUAUUACAACAAUCUGUACAGUUACAGUACUUGUUAAAAAUGCAGACAUACUGUUGGAGAAGUUUUAGAAAUCAUGUCUGACACCAUUGGAUAGUUUUAUAUUUCAUUUCUCAGGAGGUACUUACACUGUAGUGAUUAAGAUGAUGAGAGUUCAUCAUAGUAAUUAAUAUUUGAUCUUUUCUUUUCAUCACUCGUAAAACUAAAAUCAUAUUUUGGCUUAUGAUGGUUUUACAUUCUUUUAUAUAUGCCAAAUGGUUUUCAGUCACAGUUUCAAACUCUAGUUUUGUGAAUUGUUACAGUCUGUAAAUUAGAUUUAUAAUGUAAACUACUUUAUACGUAAUUGUUUCCAGUGUAUUUCAUUCUUUUCAUGAGGCUGUGGUUAAGAUUUUGAUUUUUUUAUAUUCCUCUCCUCUGCCCCUUCUCAAAAUAUAUAUUAACCGUUUAUUUGUAGCAGACAAGUCUAUAGUUAUGCCUGAACAACGUAGUGCAUUCUUGUUUAUCAUUUAUACAUUUGUCAACAUCUAAUUGAUUUAGAGUUUGGUAAAGAAGGGAAGGAAAAUUUUAAAAGUUAAGCUGUGUAGAUACAUAAAUCAUAAUAUAUUUAUUUUCAAUAACAUGUACAAACUAUAUGACAAAUGAAUAUACUGUAUACUACAAACUAUUUGAGUCUCUGAUUUCUAGUCAGUUCAGGUUAAAACAAGAAAAUUAAAGUAAAAUACAUUUUAUAUUAGUUAUUUUAAAGUCAGAACAUAAAGUAGCAUAAUUUUUCUCUUCUAUACAUUCUCAAAACUUCUGAGAAAUAAUCUCCAUCUUAAUAUGCAUUUUAGGUACCUUAUUAAGACUGUAAGACUCUAGUAAUGCAGCAGUACAACAGACAGCAACACCUGUCUUGUUGCAGCAUUAGGCAAGCUGAGGUAUUCUGUUUGGGAUAUCUCAUUCAGAAACUCUUAACUGUGGAAAAUUUUGAAAACAGAAUCUACAGACAUUUAUUUUCCAACAAAUUAUUCCUUUGCUUUGAAAAUGUGCACAAUAAAAUGACAUUUAUAAAUAUAGAA